CGGUUCCAUCUUGAGAACUCUCUUUGUGCGUGUCGUGCGUCUGCGGGCUGCGGCUCCACCCUCUGAGAUCCCUGCGCCUCACGUCACGAGGCUCCGUCAGUGCCACAACUCCUUUCCUGCAGCCAUGAUGCAAGAAGGGUUGGACGAUGGUCCCGAUUUCCUAUCGGAAGAGGACAGAGGACCUAGGGCCGUCAAUGUGGACUUGCAGACUGAUGCUACACUACAAGUGGACAUUUCGGAUGCUCUGAGCGAGCGGGACAAGGUCAAAUUCACUGUUCACACCAAGAGCACGCUGCCAAACUUUAAGCAGAAUGAGUUCUCAGUAGUGCGACAGCAUGAGGAGUUCAUCUGGCUCCACGAUUCCUUUGUGGAAAAUGAGGACUAUGCUGGGUAUAUUAUUCCCCCUGCACCACCCAGACCCGAUUUUGAUGCUUCAAGGGAGAAACUACAGAAGCUGGGAGAAGGGGAGGGCUCUAUGACAAAGGAAGAAUUCACCAAAAUGAAACAAGAACUAGAGGCUGAAUACCUGGCCAUCUUCAAGAAAACUGUGGCAAUGCAUGAAGUAUUUCUGUGUCGUGUGGCAGCUCACCCUGUCCUCAGGAAGGACUUGAAUUUUCACGUGUUCUUGGAGUACAACCAAGAUUUGAGCGUGCGGGGUAAAAACAAGAAAGAGAAGCUUGAGGACUUCUUCAAGAAUGUGGUGAAGUCUGCAGACGGCGUGCUGGUGGCAGGAGUAAAGGAUGUAGAUGAUUUCUUUGAACACGAGAAGACAUUCCUAUUAGAAUACCAUAACCGUGUAAAAGAUGCAUCUGCCAAAUCUGAUAGAAUGAUCAGGUCUCACAAAAGUGCUGCAGAUGAUGUCAAUAGAAUUGCAUCCACUCUGUACACGUUAGGGACGCAGGACUCGACCGAUGUCUGCAAAUUUUUCUUGAAAGUAUCUGAACUUUUUGAAAAAACACGGAAAAUUGAGGCGCGUGUGGCUGCAGACGAAGACCUGAAACUUGCUGACUUGUUGAAGUAUUACCUCAGGGAGUCUCAAGCAGCAAAGGAUCUCUUGUACAGAAGAGGGAGGGCACUAGUUGAUUAUGAAAAUGCAAACAAAGCGCUGGAUAAAGCCAGAGCCAAGAACAAGGACGUCCUUCAAGCAGAAACAAGCCAGCAGGUCUGCUGUCAGAAGUUUGAGAAAAUUUCUGAAUCAGCGAAGCAAGAACUCAUAGAUUUUAAGACGAGACGGGUAGCUGCUUUCCGAAAGAACCUGGUGGAACUGGCAGAACUGGAACUCAAACACGCCAAGGGUAAUCUACAGCUGUUGCAAAGCUGUCUCGGGGUCCUCAAAGGAGACACAUAGGCCCCGGGCUGGUGGUCCACUGUAAAGGGCUUCCCGCCUCGCCCAGGUUCAGUCUCAUUUUGGUUUCUGGGAAGGUGAAGAUGAGAGCCUUUCUGGGGUCUGUUUGUCCGCAGGAUGUCCUCAGCUGCCAGCGCCACUGAUGCCGAAUCCCUCCACCGCCCCCUAAAAGCAAGGAAGCCCACCGUGGAAUGUCUCCAAAGUCCACACAGCACAAAAAGAAACCCUAUAUCUUCAUUUAAUCACGUCAAAUUAAAUCAUUAACAAUCAUCUUUUUCCAUGCAAGCCGCGCUGUAAAUAUUACUGUCAUUCUGUCCACAAUUUUCUUUUUGCUUGGUGUAACCGUUGAGGUCAAUAGUUUCAGUAAUCCUCUAUGUGAUGCUGCUCAAUACUGUUGUUCCAGUUGAGCUGAUUGUUACUAUUAUUAAAAUGUAUUGUCACUAAAAGCCUUGUAUAUGUUGUAUUAGUUUUUACUAUACCGCUAAAAAACAUCUUAAUCUGAUUUUUUUUUUUUUUUAUAAGUCGGUAAUUUCAUACAUUCUGAAGUACGACUUAUGUGAUCUUUUUCAUUCCAGACACAAGAAAUGCUUCAGUAUGUUUGCCUUAAAAUGUAGACUAAUCCUGUUAAGUAUUGUUAAAACAUAGUUAACCCUCCCCCCCCCCCCCCCCAAAAAAAAAGAAAACUUUUUUAAAGUGCACUGUAUAUGAUUUUUAUUGCCACACUGUGUGACCAAAGCUUCCAUUAAUCCAAAUGGAGGAUUGCAGCGACAGCAGUAAUAAUGGAAAUUAUGACAAGAAUGAUUAUGAAAAUAAUAAUAAACUAUACUGUUUAACUUGGAA